AUUUCUAGAACUGUUUAAACUAGUUACAUUUCAAAAUGAAUAUUUUACUCUUCUGUGCUGUUAUUGGCGCGUUUGUUUUCACUGUUGACUGUUACGACGAAAAAUAUGAUAAUGUUGAUAUUUACGAAGUUUUAAAUAACAAAAGGCUGUUGAAAAAUUACAUGGGAUGUGUUCUAAGUGAACCAGGAAUCUCUUGCAACCAGCAAGGUACUAUGUUAAAAAAAAAUCUACCUGACGCAAUCCAAACUGAUUGUAAAAACUGCACUGAUAGGCAGAAAAUUGGAGCUUUUAAAGCCAUCGAGUACUUAAUGAGAGAAAAUUCCAGCUAUUGGGACAAAAUUCAGCAACGAUUUGAUCCACAAAAUCACUUCCGCAUGAGAAAUAUUAGACAAAUCAAUUAUUGUACAACACAUCGAAACAAUUUUAAUGAUGCAGAAUUUUUAUCCCUAUUCAAUCAUCGUUAUUAA